GGUCCGGGCAGUGACUGCACUCGUCUCCUCCCCCUCACCUGGGACACGGGUUUCCUGCCUCUGCUUCCGCAGUCACCUGAUGUCGCGUCGAUCGGGGUCGGAAUGAGCCUGAGAUUUCGGAAUCUGGAUCCAGAUCGGACCCCACACCGGAUCCCGACCCUCCUGCUCUUCCCCCUGUUGCUGCUUCCAGGUGCUGCUACUAUUGAAGUUUCUUUGGCAUCAAAGGUCAGAGGUUUCAUUGGAGAGGAUAUAGAACUGAGUUGUAACUUCAGGUCAUCUUCUCCUGUCGCAGAGCGUCUGACGGUGAACUGGUCUUUCCGACCAGCAAAUGGUGGAUCAAAGCAUGGUAUACUCUACUAUCACUCUGCAGCCUUCCCUGCACUGCAAGGCCCAUUGAAGGGUCGAGUCCUGUGGAAUGGGGACCUUCGCAAUGGCAACGCUUCAAUCGUCGUGAAGAAUCUGACCCAGAACGACAAUGGGACAUUCAGUUGUGUGGUGCAGAACCCACCAGACGUCAGCAGCUUUGUGCCGACGACUGAACUCACCGUCACCAAGAAAGAGCUCCCUUUCCGACUGAGUGUGGCAGUCAUGUUGGUGCUGCUGGUGGUUGUGCCGACUCUGCUGGUGGUCACCGUGCUCCUGGUGUGGAUGGGCAAGAGAUUUGAUUUCUGCGGGUCAAAUGCCACAAAGUCAUCAAUCGAGGUGGUGGAAGGAGCUGCUGAUGCUUCUGAAAAUGAUUUGAGGAACAGCUUUUGCAUGCGAUGCACUUGCUUGGAGGAUUCCGACGAGGAAGAUGAGGAUUUCCAUCAGUUUUAUCCCAUGUCAGAAUCGGUUACAUAGCCUGAAGUGUUCCUUGUUCUGGGCAGUGUGGCAGAGUUAUUGGGAAGGCUUCCCGGCUGUUCCCUGAUCGCUGUCAGGGUGGGAGUAGUUUUUCUGUCACCGCUCUGGGUAAUGCAUGAAUGGGGGUGGGGGU